CCGGAAGCUGGCCUAGGCGGAUGUCUCCGGCGCGACCGUGCACGGGGCUGAGGGCCGCAGUGGCUGCCAGCGUGGGGUUGAGCAAGGGGCCGACGGGCUCCGCUCGUAGCGGACGCCUUCUCCGCCCGCCGAGCCCCGCUCUAGCGGCGCCGGGGGCCCGGCUGUUGCGGCUCCCGGGAAAUGGGGCCGUGCAGGCCUCAAGUCCUGAGCGCGCUGGCUGGACCGAGACACUGCGGGCCGCCGUGGCCGAGCUGCGCGCCGGCGCCGUGGUGGCCGUCCCCACAGACACGCUGUACGGCCUGGCCUGCUCGGCGAGCUGCUCGACGGCACUGGACGCUGUGUACCGCCUCAAGGGCCGCAGCGAGACCAAGCCGCUGGCCGUUUGCCUGGGCCGCGUGGCCGACGUCUACAGAUAUUGCCAAGUAAGAGUACCCGAGGAGCUCCUCAAAGACCUGUUGCCAGGUCCAGUGACCCUGGUGAUGGAACGCUCAGAAGAGCUCAACAAAGACCUGAACCCCUUUACUCCUCUUGUAGGUAUCCGGAUUCCUGACCAUGCCUUCAUGCUGGAUUUGGCCCAGAUGUUUGGGGGACCUCUUGCUCUCACCAGUGCCAACCUCAGCUCCCAGGCCAGUUCUCUGAAUGUUGAGGAGUUCCAAGACCUUUGGCCUCAUUUGUCCCUGGUCAUUGAUGGGGGACCAAUUGGGGAUGGUCAGAGCCCUGAGUAUCGCCUUGGUUCUACUGUGGUUGACUUAUCUGUGUCUGGAAAGUUUGGCAUCAUUCGUCCAGGCUGUGCCCUGGAAAGCACUACAGCCAUUCUCCAACAGAAGUACGGGCUACUCCCCUCACACAGGUCCUGCCCAUGAAAUUCAGGAGAAGGACCCAAGGACAGUGCUGGAUACUAUGUGUCUGUCCACUGGUGAUUGUCAAGGCCUCAUUUGCAGAGGCCACUGGAGCCACAUCACUAGCCUAUUCUUUAGGCAACACGUCUUUCUGAAUACUAGACCAGAAGCUGCUGGUUUAACCACUUUGUGGGAAGGUUAUAUUUCUUCUGUGGUUGCAUACAUCAGCAAAAAGUUGAAUAAAAAGGUUAAGAACAUUCCUAGGGUGGUCUUAAAUCUGAUCAGUUUCUCCUCUCCCUCCCUCUCUCUUUUAAAUUGAAAAGUAAGCUGGUCACAGUGGCUCAAGCCUGUGAUCCCAGUAACCUGAGGCAGAAGAAUAACAAAUUCGAGACCAGCCACAGCAGCUUAGCCAAGCCCUAAUCAGCUUGAGACCCUGUCUCAAAAUUCAAAAAGGACUGAGGAUGUGGCUCGGUGGUUAAGAGCCCCCGGAUUCAAUCACCAAUACCAAAAAGUCAGGUGACCAAAAGCAAGGGUUUGCUGGCUCCUCAGGCUGGAACCAGGUUAAAAUAAAAAUUGUAGAACUGCAGACCAAACAUUUUCCUCCAAAUCUGUGGGGCCAGUAGGGUGGUUGUGAUUGCCUGGCAGGGAGAGUUGUCAUUUUGGCCUGAAGGGAGAUUUGAUGGGGGAGUGGGGGGCUGCAAAUUAAAUAAUACUGGAAACCAAAUCCUUUUCAGCCAGUGACUUUUUCUUAUUUAUUUAUAAAAUAAAUUAUAGUUGAUUAUAUGUAUAUGCCUUUAUUUAACUCCAGUGUUUACUCAGCAGCCUUUUAUCUUUGUUCAGUAUGUAUACCAAAUGUUAGACAUAACUAUUGUUGGGCAUUUGAGCUUUGUUUUUCUUUACUAUUAAAAAAUGCUAUUAAACAUU